UGUAAACAACAUGGCGACUCACGGACUGUUUGUAUUUAUCUAGAGUCUGUGCUGCUAGCCGCCUGAUCCUCUCUGCUGCCACACACAUUCACCGUGAGAGGAGGCAGGUACCGACCCGGCGGGAGGGACGGCGGACCGGGGAACAGCCGGGCCGAGCUGUCAGAAGAGCGUUGGACUGUCAGACGGCCCUCUCCAGUCUAUGGGCUCUCAGUCCAGUUCUGGGAUGUCUGGUGGAAGGGGUUCUUCCAGUGGCAACCCAGCGGAGCAGCCUGAAGCAGAACCAACCCAGAGCAGCAGCAGCAGCAGCCGAGGCCGCAGGACGGCAGACAGGCAGCAAGGAGACAGGCAGCAAGGAGACAGGCAGCAAGGAGACAGGCAGCAAGGAGACAGGCAGCCGGCAUCAGAGGAGGACGUGGACUUAGCUGAAGUGCUGGCUUACCUACUGAGGAGGGGCCAGGUGCGGCUGGUCCACGGCAGCGGGGCCACGGGGCUGCAGCUGGUCCAGUCCUACUCCGACUCUGAUGAGGACAGCGACGGGGCCUGGGAGGGCCGGCUGGGGGACCGCUACAACCCACCAGUGGACACCCAACCAGACACUAAUGAAGUGGACCGCAGUGAGAUCCGAACCCAGAUCCUGCUGGCCACGGCCUCGUCCACGCCGAGAGGACGCAGCUUCACCCACAUGCUGACAGAGAGAGAACAAGGCAGAUGUCGAGGCUCCAGCUUCUCCCACGGAGAGUGCAGUCGCAUCCGCACACAUUUUCUGCCAAACUACGUAUCUCACAAGGACACGUACCAUCAGAAAGCCUUCUGUGGAGUUUACAGCGAGGACGGACACAUGUUCCUCUCUGCCUGCCAAGACCAGAACAUCCGCCUGUACGACACCACCAGAGGACGCUUUCACUUACGGCGGACCGUGAAGGCUCGUGAUGUUGGCUGGAGCGUUCUGGAUGUUUGCUUCACGCCUGAUGCUCAGAACGUUCUCUACUCCAGCUGGUCUGACUACAUUCACCUGUGCAGCAUAGAUGGAGACAGUGAGAACCACACCGCCCUGGACCUCAAUCCAGAUGAGAGGAGGUUCUGUGUGUUCUCUCUGGCUGCGUCCACAGAUGGCAACGAGAUCCUGGGAGGAGCAAACGAUGGCUGCCUUUACGUUUUUGAUCUUGAGCAGAACAAACGAACGCUGAAGAUCGACGCCCACGAGGACGACGUGAACGCGGUGGCGUUCGCCGACAGCUCGUCCCAGCUGCUGUUCUCCGGCAGCGACGACGCGCUGUGCAAGGUGUGGGACAGACGGACGCUGCGGGAGGACAGACCGCAGCCGGUCGGCCAGCUGGCCGGACACCGAGACGGCAUCACCUUCAUCCACAGCAAGGGUGACGCACGCUACCUGAUCAGCAACUCGAAGGACCAGUCCAUCAAGCUCUGGGACGUCAGGAAGUUCUCGCCCAAAGAAGGUUUGGCUGCUUCUCGCCUCGCCGUCACACAACAGAACUGGGAUUACCGCUGGCAGCAGGUUCCCCAGAGAGCCCUGAAGAGACACAAGCUGACGGGCGACACCUCGGUGAUGUCGUACCGAGGUCACGGCGUGCUGCACACGCUGAUCCGCUGCCGCUUCUCUCCAGAGUUCAGCACCGGACAGAGGUUCAUCUACUCCGGCUGCUCCACCGGCAAGAUCAUCAUCUACGACGUGCUGACGGGCGCCGUGGUCACCCGGCUGUCCGGCCAUGACGCCUGCGUGAGGGACGUCAGCUGGCACCCGUACGAGGACAACAUCGUCAGCAGCUCCUGGGACGGAGCGGUGCGGAUGUGGGAGCACAGACAGACUCACCCGCUGGAGGAGGAGCGGGAGAGAGACUGACAGCAGGAGGAGAAGGAGGAGAAGAGAGACGGCAGGAGGAGGAGAAGAGAGACAGCAGGAGGAGAAGAGAGACAGCAGGAAGAGAAGAGAGACAGCAGGAGGAGAAGGAGAUCUUUAGACAGCAGGAGGAGAAGAGAGACAGCAGGAGGAGAAGAGAGACAGCAGGAGGAGAAGAGAGACAGCAGGAGGAGAAGAGAGACAAAGGAAGUGAUGUCAGAGGAAGUGACAUCACCACAGAGGAGGCGAGGCUGGCCCUAACAGUCAGACGGACUGGGAGAGACUUAAAUACCUUUUAAAUUCAAUGCUGGGAAUCAAUGCUGGCAGUUAUAGCAUGGUUAUGAAGUGUUCAUAAGGCUUUAUAGCCUCCAGGCUGUUGGACACAGUUGGACCCGCCUACUUCUGUUUUUCUUCUGUUUUCUCUGUCGACAGGCCAAAGCUUUUGAAUUUGGCCUGAAACACUUCACUGCACUUACUUAAUGAGCUGUUGAAAUGUAAUAAUGGUGAGUUAGUUUAAUCAGAAUCAAUGUUGGAUAUUGCAGGGAGAGAUGAUGAUAACUCUGUAUAAAUGUAUAGUAUUUUAAUGGUGUGUGCAUUCAGGGAGUGUGUUUAGAUGGUUGUCAGUGUGCUGAUUUAGAAUAAUGAGCUGUGUCCCAUUGAGGGUCUGUCACAUUCAAAGUCCACAUUGAAAGAGUGAUUAUAUUAUAAUAAUCCAGAACUUUAUUCUACAGCACGGCUCUUUAACCUGCAGGGUGUUUAACCGAUGAUCUCCUCGUCCUGUUGGACGUUUCCAGCAGGACGAGCUGAGCAGGAUGUUCUUACCUUUACUGUCCAGUUCACAAUGAUUUACUGUUAAAGCCUCAUUAGAUCCCCUCAAGUCUUAACUCCUUAUUUAGACACAGCCAGAGGUCUUGGUUCUGGUCCUGGUACUGGUCCUGGUCUUGGUACUGGUUCUGGUCUUGGUACUGGUCCUGGGUCAGCCUCAGCCAGAGGUCUUGGUACUGGUCCUGGUCCUGGUACUGGUACUGGGUCAGCCUCAGCUCUGUAAACACAAACCCUGAGGCACUUAAACAAUAGAGUUGGACAAUAUAAACCUGUGAUUCAACAGAUUAGAAUGUGUAAUAAUAUGUUGAGGACGGGGUGUGUGUGUGUGUGUGUGUGUGUGUGUGUGUGUGUGUGUGGAUAAAAACUUACACACUGAUCUGUAUAUGCAACUUUCAGGUGUUUAUAUCAAAUCCCAUAUUUCACUCUCAGACUGUUGUUUUACAGCAACAAUAAAACAUUUCUUUUAAUGUAUCGCUGUGA